GAGGCGGCGAGGAGGAGGAGGAAGAGGAGGAGCGGAGUCAGAGCGCGGCGGCAGCGGCAGAGGCGGCCGCGGCGGGGACCAGCCCAGAGAGACCCCGAGCCCGCGGCAGAAGCGGCGGCGGCGGCUGAGCGGGCGCGACCAGCCGAGCGAGCGGCGGCGGCCCGGCUCCUCCUCGUCCGGCGCCGAGCGGCCCGCGCCCGCACUCGGCCCGCGGAGACCCGCCUCCCGCCCGCCGGCCUCGUGAGGGACGCGCCGAGCCGGCGGCCGAGGAGCGGCGGCGGGCCGGGAGCGCGUCGGGCCGCGGGCGGAAAGUGCCUGCGGGGGCGGGGAGAGCGCGGCGAGCGCGCGGUCCGGCCGCCCCGGCGCCCGGCGCGGGAGCGGAGCGGAGCGGGACGCCGAGUCCCGAGCGGCCGGCGGCCGGGGCUCCCCGCCCCUCCCUCCUCUCCGGCGGCGGCGGCGGCGGCGGCGGCGGCGGGCGGAGUGAGCUGCGGAGCCUGGAAUAUGGUCGGGGAAAUGGAAACGAAGGAGAAGCCGAAGCCCACCCCAGAUUACCUGAUGCAGCUGAUGAACGACAAGAAGCUCAUGAGCAGCCUGCCCAACUUCUGCGGGAUCUUCAACCACCUCGAGCGGCUGCUGGACGAAGAAAUUAGCAGAGUACGGAAAGACAUGUACAAUGACACAUUAAAUGGCAGUACAGAGAAAAGGAGUGCAGAAUUGCCUGAUGCUGUGGGACCUAUUGUUCAGUUACAAGAGAAACUUUAUGUGCCUGUAAAAGAAUAUCCAGAUUUUAAUUUUGUUGGGAGAAUCCUUGGACCUAGAGGACUUACUGCUAAACAGCUUGAAGCAGAAACAGGAUGUAAAAUAAUGGUCCGAGGCAAAGGCUCCAUGAGGGAUAAAAAGAAGGAGGAGCAGAACAGAGGCAAGCCUAAUUGGGAGCAUCUCAAUGAAGAUUUACAUGUACUGAUCACUGUGGAAGAUGCUCAAAACAGAGCAGAAAUCAAACUGAAGAGAGCCGUUGAGGAAGUGAAGAAAUUACUGGUACCUGCAGCAGAGGGAGAAGACAGCCUGAAGAAGAUGCAGCUGAUGGAGCUUGCGAUUCUGAAUGGCACCUACAGAGACGCCAACAUUAAAUCACCAGCCCUUGCCUUUUCUCUUGCAGCAACAGCCCAGGCUGCUCCAAGGAUUAUCACUGGGCCUGCGCCUGUCCUCCCGCCAGCUGCCCUGCGUACUCCUACGCCAGCUGGCCCUACCAUAAUGCCUUUGAUCAGACAAAUACAGACCGCUGUCAUGCCAAACGGAACUCCUCACCCGACUGCUGCAAUAGUUCCUCCGGGGCCCGAAGCUGGUUUGAUCUACACACCCUAUGAGUAUCCCUACACGUUGGCACCAGCUACAUCAAUUCUUGAGUAUCCUAUUGAACCUAGUGGUGUAUUAGGUAUGGCUUUCCCAACGAAAGGCUAAGAAUUCAAGAACGGUCUUAACUGAACCCUCAUCAGAUCUGAAUUUAACAAAUGCUUAGUCUCAGCAGCCUCCGGGGGGGGUUGGGGGGGAAGCUUAGCCUAGCAGUCAGUGACUUACUUGCACUUUUUGCACACUGAUAGAAAGUAAAAGUAUGUUAUUAAUUUGGUUUAGUCUGUAAUCUUACAAAGUAACGGUAAUUUAUAAAGGAGUGUAUAGUAGUAUACUGACUGCUAAGUGUACUAUACUGUUUGCUUUACUAAUCACCUAAUUCAUUGCAGUUCAUACUUAUUGACUCAAAGUUUAAAACCACAAUCUGUAGGCUUUAAGAAUUGCUUUUAAACCUUUUUAAGUGAUAAACUCUGGAAGUGGUCUUAAGGUUAGCAGAUAAUUGUCAGUAUUAAACAUGGCAUUAUUUAAGUGGUCCUGCUGCAAGAAAGGCACUUCAGUGAAUAUGUGAAUAGUAAAGCUUAAAUAUGUUUGGAUCUAAUAGAGUUGAUGAAAUACUGUAACUUGGGAUUGUGAAUGAAUGGAUAAAAUAGGUUAAGGCCAAGAUAUUUGAAAUGAAUGCAAUAUUAAUAGACGCAUAUAUACACAACAUGCUAUGGUUAAUUUUAAAACUACUGUGCCUUAACGUGUUUCUUAAAAUGAAACUUUUAUAGUAAAUGAACAUUUGAAAUCCAUUUUGAUAAACCUGCUGUUAAUGUUUGUUUUUUUCCCUUGUGAAUGUUUUCUAACUUUGUCUUGGUAAUUGCAAUUUAACUAGGUGCGGUGGCUACUAAAGUUCGAAGGCACGAUAUGCGUGUCCAUCCUUACCAAAGGAUUGUGACCGCAGACCGAGGUUAGUUUAGUUCUGCAGUUCUUGUUUAUAAGAAAUGCGUUGGGUGUCCAUAAUAUUUGCAACACCACACCUGAUGGAAAAAUAUAACUGCUUACCUGCACACCAUUUCUUUUCUUUUUCUAAAUUGAUUUGUCAUAAUUGACAGAUGUAAGGGUUGGGAUUUUUUUUUUUCUUUCUUUCCUUUUCUUUGUUCUUUUCCUUUCUUUCUUUCUUUCUUUCUUUCUUUCUUUUUUAUUUUUGCUCCCUUCCUAUUUUAACUUAUUAAAUCCUAUAUUAGUAUGUACUGUGAUAUAUUCCUACUAAAACAUAAAUUAGUCCAUUUGGGGAGCUAUUAAAUUUUGAUGUCACCUUAAUUAUUUUUCAGUCGUAAUUUUUGCUAAAAUUUACCUUUUAAUUGUUCUGAAAUUUUGGGUUGGUUUUGCAAAAAGAACUGAGCGGAUGGUGCUUUAAUGAGAGAAGUAAAGGAAUAUAUGCCUCCUGUGUCCUUGUGGAGAAAACUGAAGAUUUAGUUUCCAUUUUCCUCUUUCAUAAGAUAUUUGAGCCACUGUGUGAAUGUGAGGUCAUACAUGUCAGACACUUAGCUGAAAUCAACAAAGCAAGGACCGUGAAGAUCAUUUUGAUGCAGUUGGUGGUUUUUUGGUUUUUUUUCUUAAAUAAAUGAGAAAAUCAGUUCCCUUUUAUUCUUACAUUAUCCUGCCAAAAUGGAUCCUUUGAUUUUGUCAUUUGCUGCUAAAAUAUAUUAUCUGAAGGUAAACUGUCUCUUAAAGUUCUAUGGAGACGUGAAUCCAGCUUUGAAUAUGCUUUUUUGACUAACCUGUGACUGGAAAAUAAGUCUUCAUUUUUCUCCUUUUCAGCAUUUGUAAUUUGUGUCCUAUAAAUGCCCUUGGACCCUUUUAUAAAUUAUUUAUGUUUUUGAGGAGUAAUAUUUUCGGUUUAUUGACAUUGAAUUGUUUUCUAAGUUAGUCAUCACAGGAUAAAAAUCUGAAGCAAGGUAGAAAAAGAUUUUUUUCAAGCUUCUGUUAUGGCACAUUUAUUACUAAUUAAGUUGAUCAAACUCUCUAAUAAUUAGUGGGAAAAGUGAUGGAAUUUACACUCCUGUGCUACAUCUGCUCUGAACUUAUGAACAACCUACCUGCUUCACAUGGUUCUUCUGAGUCCUGAGGAUAAAUACUGGACACAGCUGUUGUCCACAUCAGAAUAAAAUACUUUCCAAAGACAUGGAUGACAUUUAUUUAGCAUCAUACGUAACUAAAGAGCCUUGAAUUGAAGACUUCUAACUAGUACAUACAUUACUUGUGAUUAUUCAGUGAACAGUAUAAUUAGACCCCAAGCUCAAUGAUGAUCUGUGACAAUAACGCACCUUGUAGGUGUGUCAUGUACAAGUGUAUACACCACCUUCUUGCAGAACAAGCGUCCUAGUGAAGGAGGAAAGUUUUUUUUAAGCUAUUUUGGAUUUAAGGAAACGGGAUAAUUCCAUGAAUAAUUUGAAGCUUUUUUUUUUUUUUAUACUGUUAAUGUCUGAAAUAGUUUGAAAGAGUAUUUUAAAGUAGUUUUUAUUUUAUUAAUCUUUCCCUUCCUGCCCCUUGUAGGAGAUUUUUCUUAAUUUUAACACAGUAAUUAUUGGUUACUCAAUGCAGUGCCUUGAGAUAGUUGAAAAUACUAGGAGGAUUUUAUAGUAUUUGGAAAUGACAACACAUUCCAUGCGUGGCUCUUUUGUAGUUAUAUGUGUUUUUGAUUAGUCUUGUCAUUUUACCCAAAAUGCAAUGUCAGCAAACCGAAAUGCUACCUUUUUUAUUUUCUUUAAAUAACAGAAUACUUGUAUACUGCUGUUACUAUCACUGUAUGCACUCAUUGGGUCUAAGGGAGGUGUCCGAAGUCCUUCAUUUAAAUUAUUUUAUGAUACUACUGUUUUCUCUAUUUUUGAGGUGUUUUUUUUUUUUUAAUUUUUGAAAGGAAGAAUAAUAUAAGCAUUCAUUUAAUGCAGGAAAACUCAGCCCUUGGACAUAUAACCAUGUAAUUUUAUAUAAGUAUUUAGAGUACUACAUGGUUGACAGAUAUAUCUAGUUCUUUACUAAAAAUAAGCCCACUUCUACACAUAUUUCUAAAUUGAAUUUAAAGCCUGUAAAAGACCAACUGACUUUUUCGUUGUAAUGAACCAUAAGUGAUUUUGCACAGCUGAUACACCUGUGUGUACUGUAGGAGGCCAGGACUUGGCAGAGGAUGUAUUCUAUCUAGGUGUACUGGUAUAUUUAUAUAAGUGCUAAUUUGCUUUGUUUAUAUAUUCCACACAUACAAACACACACACAAAAUAAUCAGAAUUUUUCUGAGUGAUGAUUUUAUAAAAAUCAUCAUUAUAUAAUUUGUAUAAGAAACUUAAUGCAAAUGCAAUUUUAAUCAAAAUUUAAAGUAAUAUCAAAAAUGCUUUAAGGUUCUGUAUUUUGGGAGUACUUCCUAUGAAGUGGUAUGACUACAUCGUGUGAAAUAUUUAUUUUCUUUAAUUUUGGAAUAGCAGUUUUUAUUUUAAAUAAAAUUCCACUUAUUUUUAAGAAAUUCAGGGAAGAUUUGGUCUCAUUGAAGAUACAGUAUUUUUGUAGUAUUUAUAAACUAUCCUAAAUGAUAGACUCUAGAAAGCAUUUUUGUUAUAUGAAAGUAAACCAGUCCAUUAUAUAGAUUAUUUCAAAUAACUCUGUGAACAUUAUACCUACUGGGUUAUGAUUUAUGAAGUGGCAUGGAACCUACCUUUGCACUGAGUAUUUUUUUCAUUCACAUCUCCUCUGCCUUAGUCACAGUGGCAACAGUACAGAAAAUUCUCUCAAACCUCAGAAUAUAGUAGAAAUAAUUAAGCUGUUGAAUGAGUCUUAAAAAUCAUACUACUGUUAAGUGGACCAAGUUUGGUGAAGCAGAAUGUGACAAAGGUUGAUUUAUAAGGAAGGAACAACUUGAGGACACUGGGGACGAUAACUUUCCACUUGAGAACUACUUUAUGUUUUACUGUAAUUUUUUAAUUUUUUUUGUUCUGUUUGUUGUUUUGCAAAAGAAAAUAGUAUUUACAGGUGGCUUCUUUUAAAAUAUAAAAUAUAAAGCAGGAAUGUAUAUGAAAUGUCAGAUUUUAUUGUAUUUGCAGAGUAUUAGCUUUGAAAUUGAAUAAAGAAAGCUGUUUGUAGUUUUAAAAUGCCUUAUUGGUAUCAAUUAGAAAUUUCUUCUAUUUUUUGAUGUACUUAGAGCUUUUUGAGUAUAGAAUUUUAAAUGGCAGGAUUUUACAGUGUUUACAUGCAAGUGCAUUUUAUAAGUGUUCUAUAUGUGUAAAAUAGUAUUUUCAACUAGAAAGUGUUGGCUAGCUCAAAAGGCCUGGCCUUUUUCUGGUUCCCAUGAUGUUGCCUACACUGCUAGACUACAGUUUAGUAUUGCUUUGUAUCAUAAGGCCAAGAAAUUCCAUGUUGUUUGUAAAUAGAAUAAUUGAAAAAGCAAUAAACAUUUAUUGAACAAAA